AAAUAACGCCAUUCGAUCGGUAAGACAUCAUUCGCUGACCACUAACUCAACAGUAAAGUUCAGUCCGUGUACCACUGGAGCGCAGUUCGUUCAAUUAAGGCAUCUCAAAAAAUGAAGGCGUUCGUUGUUUUGUCCAUGGCUCUGGCCAUCGCAUCCUGUGCGGCAGUCGAUGAUUCUUCUAAGAAAGACAAACGUGGACUCUGGGAGGAAGGACACGGUUCUUUCGAUUUUGACGAUCAUCAUGUAGAUGAACAUGAAAUUAAGCACGUAACCAUCACCAAGAAGGUUCCAGUCCCAUAUCCGGUAGAGGUCGAGAAGCAUGUUCCAGUUGAAGUGAAGGUGCCUUAUCCAGUCGAAGUCGAAAAGAAGGUCCCGGUCUACGUGGAAAAGAAGGUUCCAGUGUACGUUGAGAAGAAGGUCCCAGUCCACGUUGAUCGUCCUGUCCCAUACCCAGUGGAAGUUAAGGUCCCAGUUGUCCAGAAGGAAUACGUCGAAGUGCCAAAACCGUACGCAGUUCACGUUGAGAAGCACGUUCCAGUGUACAUCCACAAGCCAGUGUAUGUUGAGAAGCCGGUUCCUGUGACCGUUAUCGUCAAGAAGCACGAGAAGAAGGGCUGGGGACUGUUCUAAAGAAUGAUCAUGUAAAGUUGUUGAAUAUACGUUGUAAAUAAGUCUAGUUGAAA